GGAUCUCCCACGCGUGAACAUGACAGAUAUCGAUAUCCGAAGAUGUUGCUCAAAGCAUUGUUUGGACUCGCGCUGUCGCGCAGCGUUUUUGGUGCCGCUGUACUUCGGAGACAGGCAGCUGAAAAUUCCGACGACUGUCCUGGAUACUCAGUGUCAGAUAUUGUCAAUACCAAUACUGGCCUUACUGCCAAACUGACCUUGGCUGGUCCGGCUUGCAAUGCAUACGGGACUGAUGUUCAAUACCUUCGUCUCGCCGUGAAUCACGAUUCUAAAAAGCGUCUGCACGUUAAGAUUGAGGAUGAAGGUCGGGUCGCUUAUCAAGUCCCCACUAGCGUGUUCCCUACACCGGAUGCCAACAACUCGGUGUCAUUUGGUGAUGCGACUCUUGAGUUUUCCAUGGAGCAGAACCCCUUUAGCUUCAAAAUCACUCGCAAGUCAAAUCAAGAGGUACUCUUCGAUACUUCCAAAUCGCCUAUUGUAUUUGAGGAGCAGUAUCUCCGGCUACGUACUUCGCUCCCCGAGAAUCCCAACAUCUACGGUCUUGGAGAGCACUCGGAUUCUCUCCGCCUCAACACUACCGACUACACUCGCACAUUAUGGUCGAGAGACGCCUAUGGCAUUCCCUCAGGUACCAACCUUUACGGCAAUCACCCCAUCUACUUUGAUCACAGGGAAGAAUCUGGCACGCAUGGAGUCUUCCUACUUUCAAGCUCUGGCAUGGACAUCAAGAUUAACAAGACCGACGCCGAGGGUCAAUACCUUGAGUACAACACCAUGGGAGGUAUCAUCGAUUUGUAUUUCUUAGACGGCCCUAGUCCUGUUGAGGUUGCGCAAGAAUACAGCAGCGUCACUCAGAAAGCUGCCAUGAUGCCCUACUGGGGAUUCGGUUUCCAUCAAUGCCGAUAUGGAUACCGCGACUUCUAUGCCAUCGCGGAAGUUAUCCACAACUAUUCUGCUUCUGCAAUCCCGCUGGAAACCAUGUGGACUGAUAUCGAUUACAUGUAUGAACGCUACAUCAUGACAACAGAUCCGGACCGCUUCCCUCUAGCUCGUGUUCGCGAAUAUGUCAAUUACCUCCAUGGGCACAACCAGCACUACAUCGUUAUGGUGGAUCCUGCCAUGGCUUAUCAGACCGAGCGUGAGAACGGCCUACCUUACGAGUCGUUCCUUCGUGCUCGUGAUCAGGGCAUCCUUCUGCAGAAGAAUGGAUCUAUCUAUCAGGGCGUCGUCUGGCCCGGCGUCACUGCCUUCCCUGAUUUUUUCAACCCCAACACUGCAGAGUAUUGGAACAACGAGUUUUCUGAGUUUUUCGACGCUGAGAACGGUGUCGAUAUCGACGGCCUUUGGAUCGACAUGAAUGAGGCAGCUAAUUUCAAUUACUUCGGGUCGGAUCCUCAAGAAAGUGCAGAAAAUCGUGGCUUUCCNCCCACAAGACCAGCCAUCAGAUCUGCUCCACGCCCCAUCCCAGGCUUUCCAGAAGCCUUCCAGCCGAACGCCAGCAGUCCAUAUCCUCCAGAUGAUCUUGCAUAUGCCCCUCCAUGGCUCGCUCCUGCUUCUGACCCUGGUGCGACCAAGCGCUCGGUUGACGUUGAGAAGCCUGCCAAGCGCUCCAUCCCUUUACAGUACUCUCCUCUCGACAAGCGUCAAUCGUCUGCACGCAUUGGCUUCCCAAACCGCGAUCUCCUCGCCCCUCCUUACCAGAUUGACAAUGCAAACACUGUUGAAGCCUACGGCGGCGUCAGUAACAACACUCUGGACACUGACAUUGUCCAUUACGAUGGACAUGUAGAACUCGAUGUCCACAACCUGUACGGAACUAUGAUGAGUACAUUUUCGAGAAAUGCAAUGGAAGCACGCAAAUCCGGAAGAAGACCAUUGGUCAUCACUCGCUCGACCUUCGCUGGAGCGGGACGAGCUGUGGGGAAGUGGCUCGGCGACAACUUGUCGACAUGGGAAUUAUACCGUCAAUCGAUCCAGGGUAUGCUCGAUUUUGCCGCUAUCUAUCAGAUACCGAUGGUUGGUAGUGAUGUUUGUGGUUUUGGAGGCAAUACCACCGCAACACUUUGUGCCCGCUGGGCGUCCCUCGGAGCCUUCAAUCCUUUCUACAGAAACCACAACGGCGACUCUUCGAUUCCACAGGAAUUCUACCUCUGGGACACUGUUGCCGAGUCAGCUCGCAAGUCUAUUGACAUUCGUUACAAGCUUCUCGACUACAUUUAUACCGCAAUGCAUAAGCAGAGCGUGGAUGGAACUCCACUUCUCAACCCCAUGUUCUUCGUCUACCCUCACGACAAGGAAACUUCUGGUCUCGACCUUCAGUUCUUCUAUGGAGACUCGAUCUUGGUAGCUCCUGUCACCGAAGAAAAUUCGACCAGUGUGGAUGUCUACUUCCCUGACGACAGAUUUUACGAUUUCAAGACAUUCAAGACUGUCGAGGGCUCAGGCGCUAACAUUACCAUCUCGGAUGUCGACUUCACCGAUAUCCCUUUGUACAUUCGCGGUGGUUCAAUCAUCCCCAUGCGCAACGCAUCCGGCUACACGACUACCGACGUGCGUAAGCAGCCAUUCAAUAUCGUCAUUGCACCAGGGCGCGACGGCAAGGCCACAGGCUCGUUAUACCUCGAUGAUGGAGACAGCAUCAAGCAAAAUGCCACCUCUGAAAUCACUUUCGAGUACGAGAAAAGUGUCUUGACCGUUUCUGGCUGCUUUGACUACCAGGCUGAAGACAACCGUGUUGUUCAAGUAACUCUUCUGGGUCAGAAGAGUCACUCUGGCCAGACACCACAGUGGAAGCAGGAUGGCGAUGACCAUGAAUGGAACAACUGCGGAGAAAAUGACUGGAGCUUUGAUGAUUCCACACACCAUCUUUUGGUUCAGUUCGAUCAAAAGCUCAACGGACCUUUCGUGGUCUCUGUGUAAGCAGCCUUGCGAGGCACUUGUCAUACUUUGACUCCGUGA